AUGAAAUCGUUCAUCGUUCUCGCUCUCUUCGUGGCCGCAGCAGUCGCUGCUCCCGCCGCACCUCUCAGUCCUGAUGCAGCCGCAGAGGUCGUUGAAUAUGAAAACGACAACAUCGGAAUUGGAGGCUACCACUACAGAGUGAGGACCUCCAACGGCAUCGCCGCUGAGGAGGACGCCCAGCUGGCUGAUGUUGGUUCUGAGGACGAGGGUAUCGCAGUCCGUGGUUCAUUCUCAUACGUCGCUCCCGACGGUGUCUCCUACCUGGUGGAAUACGUCGCCGACAAGAACGGUUUCCGUCCCUCCGGCAAACAUCUUCCCCAGAACGCUUAA